CCAAAUCCAAAGCCGAACGAAACAAAACUGAGCCAUUUUCUCCACGCACGAACUCGUCGUCGCCGCCGCCUCCACUCCUCCCACCCUGUUUCCCCACCACACCAAAACCCUAGCCGCCCAGGGGCCAGGGUCCACUCUCUUCCCUCCCCUUCCCCGCCGCCACGACGGCCGCCUAGAUCCCCUGGAUCUCGCGCGCCCUAGGGUUCCGGCUUCCCUCGCAUCCUCGCCGCCGCCCCGAGCGCGGUGCGAUUCGAGGCGGGGUUCUGGCUGGCGCCACCAUGCCCCGGAGCUCGCGCCACAGGUCGUCGCACCGGUCGCACAGGCGUGGCGGCUCGGCGGAGCGGUCAGAGUCCGAGGGCGAGGAUGCUGGCGCCCCUGGCCCGCAGGAGGAGGCCCCGGCCGUGGCUAGGGUUCCGCGAGAUCCCGAGCCAGAGAGGCGCAGGUCGUCGUCGGCCAAGGAGCUGGUGAGCUCGGGGAACGGCUACUCGGAGCACGGGAAGAAGAGGAAGGAUAGGGUCGAGGAGACGGUGGUGGAUGUGGUCAGCGACAGGUGGAACAGCGGCGUGUGCGAGGAUCACUUGGUCGAGAAGAGGUCUAAGAGUGAGGUGUUUGGGCCCGUCGAUGUGGAGAAGCAGGCGGAGAAGCCCAAGGCUUCAGGGGAUGAGCCCAAGAGGUCAAGCAGACGGACGGCGGGAUCGGAUGGGAGGGCUGAGGAGGUUGUGUCCAAGAGUGACUCCGGGAAGCGGCGGUCGGAGAAGGAGAAGGACCCAGGGAGGAGGGAGAGUAGUGGGCAGCAUAAGGAUGACAGAGAUAGGGAUAGGGAGAGAGAUAGAGAAAAGGAGAGGGAAAGGGAGAAAGAAUGGGAGAGACUGAAGGAGAGAGAGAGGGAAAGGGGCCGGGACAGAGAGAGGGAGAAGGAGAAGGAAAGAGAACGGGAGAAGGAGAAGGAGAGAGAACGGGAGAGGGAGCGGGAUAAGGAGCGUGACAGGGAACGAGAGCGGGAGCGUGACAGGGAACGGGAGCGUGAGAGGCAAAAGGAUAGGGAGAGGGACAAGAAAGACUAUGAUUCCAAGCAUGAGAAGUAUGAAGAUGGCAGUGCCAGGAAGAAUGGCUCCAAGACUAGUAGAGGGGAGGAUGAGGGUUACUCAUACAAGAGACACAUAGAGAUCAAUGAUACUCCAGCUAAAGAGAGACACAGUAACCCCGAUAGGGAUAGGGAGACUGAUAAACACAGCCGACGAAAAGACGACUCGGAAGACAAAGAUAAGUGGCCAAUUGACAAUAGAGACAGUGAUGACAGGAAGACUCUGUCCAGGUAUGAUCAUGGGAAGGUUAGGAGCUCUAAGGAACAAAGGUUUGAUGAUGAGAAGUAUAAACAGAAGUACAAGGAUGAUUAUGAAAGGGAUAAGAGACAGCAAGAUGACAAGUGUUUGGAUGAGUGCAUGAUCCGAGAUCAUGGAAGUGACAGGGUUGAUUACAAGAGCACAAAAGAUGGGCACCGAAUUUCAGAGGGCCAUUACAGAAAAGAUAUAGUUCAAGACGGUGAUCGUUAUGAUGAGUAUGGCAGUAGGUACAAGGAAAAUAGAGGUAGAAAAAGACUUCCUGAGGAAAAUGAUGACCAUUAUGAUCUGAAAACUCCAAGCGCACGGGAGCAACGUGGAAAUUUGGAAAAAUCUUCAGGCAGUGGGCGACUCGAUUCUCUGAUUGAGAGAGCAAGGUCUGAACAUAGACAUCAAGAAAAUGUUGAUUCUAGUCCGAGUAAAGUCCAUGCAAGAACUUCGCCUGGCUCAAAUCCUCAUCAUGAAAAAGAUCCAAGCUGGCAUGGAUCUAAACUGGCAGAUAAUACAAAGAGAGAGAUACAAUAUGAUGAAAGAAGUAUUCGACCAAGGACAUCCUCAGGGAGAGAGCGAACACCUGCUUCUAGACUGCGUGACAGGGAUACAGACAAUUGGUCUUCGGAAAGGCUGAAACAAAAGGAUGAUCUCCAGUCACGUGACAUACCAUUGGAAAUUUCUACAUCGUCACAAUAUGAUCGAACACCAAGGAAAGAUACACAUCCUUCACCAAAACAGCUAUCUGAUAAAUCUCCAUCUUCAAACGACCAAAGGUUUUCAGGUAGGCUUAGCAGUGGCCGUAGUCUUGAUAACAAAGGGGAAAGGAGCAACCUGACUAAAUAUAGAGAUCGGGAUGGUGAUUUAUCCUUAGAACGGUCACUUCAUCAAGAUCGAACACCAUCUAAAAUUCCAUACAGAGAAUCAACACCCUCUGCAUCAUCCAUAAGCAGAGGUGGGCAUUUUUCAGGCACUUCUCCAAAUCGUCCACUGCUGCCACCUGCGAGGCACAGAGAUGAUUCUUCCUUCUUGGGUUCACAUGAUGAUGACCGUAGACCGCAAAGUGGAGAUAGGAGGUUCCACGGCCAUCAGAAGAGGAAUGAUAUGAAUUCUGGACGCGGCCAUGGGCAUGCCUGGAAUAAUGCACCGAGCUGGCCAUCUCAAGUUGCAAAUGGUUUUGUCCCCAUGCAGCAUGGUGCUCCUGGAUUUCACCCACCUGUACAUCAGUUUCACCCCCCACCUAUGUUUAACCUUAGGCCCCAAAUGAAGUUGAGCCAAACUGGAGUUUCAUAUCCUAUGCAUGACACAGUUGACAGGUUUUCGCCCCACAUUCGCCCAUUUGGGUGGCCUAAUCCGCUCGAUGAAUCAUUACCCCCUCACCUACAAGUUUGGAAUGGGGGCACUGGUGUAUUUGGUGGUGAACCUUAUAUGUAUGGCAGGCAAGAAUGGGAUCAGAACAAGCUGCAUGUUGGCAGCAGAGGGUGGGAGGCAACUGGUGAUGCAUUGAAGGGACAAAAUGAAUUGCCUGACACUGAAUUUCCUGUUGCUAAAAAGGAGCUUGACUCUUUAGCAACCCCUGUUUUUGAGUCUUCAGGUGGACAAUGCAAUCUUAAUCCUUAUGAGCAGAAAGAAGCAAACCAUUUGAUUUCAGAAAAACAUGAAGCAAAGGGUGAUGUAAGUGCUGUAAAAAGUUCUGAUGCUCCCAGGGGAACAACACUCAUGGCCUCCAUGUUGUCAAGCAACGGUACUGCAGUAUUUUCUAGAAACUAUUUAUCGAGAGUUAGUGUGUCGCAUGAUCUUGUUGAGUCGGAGUUGUACAAAAGGUGCACAUCUCUGCUGGGAGGCUUGGGCAUGGCAAAUGGUGGCCCUGAUGUUGUUUGGAAUGGCUCUAUUCAGAAGAAUGGAAAUGCUGGAAAGAUAAGUAGAGAACAGGGAAGCCCCAAUCUGUUGGGUUUAUUUUAUCUGAAGAACAACGAUGCAACUUUUCAGAGAGCUAUGGCUCUUCACAAGAAUCAGACAGAGAGAGCUGUGGCUCCUACCCAAGCGCAAACUGAUGGGAAAAUGGACUUAACACAAGAGAAUAAUGAGGACACAGAAAUGCUUGACCGUAUUCCACUGAAGGAAUUGACGGUGAGUAACCCUGUCUUGCACCACCGUACUGGCAUUAUUGAAGGGCCACCUGCAACUACAGAAUCUGGUGAUGUGGAUUCACCUCCAGCAAUCACAGAAUCUGGUGAUGUGAAUGCACCUCGAGCAAUCACAGAAUCUGGUGAUGUGGAUGCACCUCCAGGAAUCACAGAAUCUGGUGACACGGAGAUGGUGGCACCUCCUAUAACCGCACGUCCUGAUGAAGAUAUGGAGGUGGCCGCCUCUCCAUCAAUCACAGAACCUGAUAAAAACAUGGAGGAUGUGCCACCGCCUGCAGUUGCCGUACCCGCAGAUGGCCCAGCAGAUGGUGCAACAGGAUUAAUCAUAGAACAUAUUGAUGGCUCGCAGGAGGCUCCUUCAGCAAAUGAAGAACCAGGUGAUACUGUAGAGGUUAUGCCUCCAGCGUUCACAGAACAAUCUGGCCAAGUCAAGGAUGAUCCUCCUUCUGUGGCUACUCCUAACAGUGGAGAGGCUGUCUCCAUGCAUGCAGCAGUUGAAAAAGAUAUGGAUGAGGUUACUGAUGACAGCCCUGGGGAUGGUGAAGUGAAUGCAUCUAACUUUGUUUCGGAGUUGGAUGUUGUUGCAAGUGGCGCUCAGGAUUGUGAAGGGUUUCUGUAAAUUUUGAUCAAGCCUAUAAACAUUGGAUGCACAAGUUUGUGCUUCCCUAUUAAGGUUUCUAGGGAUAUGAAGCGCCUGAGUAUGAACUGGAGAAGUUGUAGCAAAGAAACUUGCUAGUUGACCUCUAAUUUCCCAAUGCCCUGGGAAGAGAAGAGAUCCCUUGAAUUUGGAGCCUGGGCAAGGGUGAUGCUCUCUGUGAAGAAAGUGAUGGUCAAGCUUUGAAUCUGGGACACCACCUGCGCUACAAACGGGAGUGCCAUCACCUCAGCUUGCAAAGGAGAAGAUAUUUUGCUCCCAGUAACCCAAAUGGGGAUGCUUACUUUGACUCCUGCAUUUUCAAACAAUAUACAAACUCCUACACCUGUUGUGUUGACACCCGCUGAAGCUAUGCUUGCAUUGUUUGUCCAUGCAACAUCCGAAAAAACCUUGCAACCUGUUGUUUGCAUCUCCCCUGCAUUCUUGAAUUGUUGCAAAUUGCUUUGGGAUCUCAGUUGUGCUGAUUAAGGCAAUUGUAUUGUUGUAUUUGGUCUUCUUGGUAGGCCAACUCUUGAUUCUUUAAAAUGGGUUGCAUUAUUUGAUGGAUCUAGAAGGGAGUAGUGUUUUUCCUGCCAAAGAGGGUGUCAUUCCUGGCUUUCCAGAUACACCACAAAAAUGUCAUGGUAUUAAGGAGCGAAGCAUGUGGGUGAUUUGAAUUGAGAAGAGCCUGAUAAUAUUCUUGAUGUUAGCAAGGGUAUGAGAAAGGGUUUCAGAAUUGAUAUACCAAUGUUCAGAGAUCCAAGCGACCUUGGCAAAAGGACAUGUAAAGAACAGGUGCAUAUCAUCUUCUGGCUGGUCACAUCUAAUGCAUCCCUUUUUAACAUGCCCGGUCACAUCUAAUGCAU